UUCGAAUUGUGGGAUAAAAGGGACGCUGGUUUUCUUCUCCUCCGACUUCGUUGGAGCGGCAAUUGCAUUUGCAAACAAGCCAGUUAGAGUGAGAGAGGCAAACAUGGCAAUGGCUGCAGAAGAUGAUGAGUUCUACCUUCGAUACUACGUGGGACACAAGGGAAAAUUCGGCCACGAGUUCCUUGAGUUCGAGUUCAGACCAGAUGGUAAGCUUCGAUACGCCAAUAACUCCAAUUACAAGAACGACACCAUGAUCCGCAAAGAGGUCUUCCUCACCCCUGCCGUCCUUAAGGAGUGCCGCCGUAUCAUCUCCGAGAGCGAGAUCAUGAAGGAAGAUGAUGCCAACUGGCCAGAACCGGACAGGGUUGGGCGACAAGAGCUUGAAAUUGUGAUGGGAAACGAGCAUAUCUCCUUCACUACCUCAAAAAUUGGGUCUCUUGUUGAUGUCCAGAGUAGUAAGGAUCCUGAAGGACUUCGUAUCUUCUAUUACCUUGUUCAGGUCAGCUACUUUCUAUACUCCGCCUUUCUUUGUGUUUUUCCUUUUGGUUUAUAUUGCUUAUAUUGGUUAGUGGUGGACAUAAAUUUUGCUUGCGCUAUUCUUUAGUUUACUUGGUAUAAAUAAACAUCCAGGCUAAUUUGUAUGGAUAGAACUUUUAGACAAAUAGAUAUAGUGUAUAAAGGUUGCCAAUAUCAUUUACCUGAUUUGUGAUGCUGAUUCUGCUGGGUUGGAUUAUUUAACGAACCCAUAACCUAAAUGGGUAUUGUUGCCCUUAAAAGAAAAAAUAUUGUAGAGUGCAGUCAUGAGCAAUGGGCACUGUUGCACUCAAAAGAAAAAAUGUCAUGAGCAAUGUAUUAAUGUAUAGCAAAUGCUUCCAGACGACUUUCUUGGUAAGGACUCUUGUUUUUUAUAUGAUUUAUGCCCAUUAUGGAGUUAAUCUACUUCAGUGUAGAAAACUCAAGAGUGCUAUUCUUUUUCUUUUCUUUCCAUUUCUUUUAAGUUGCUUAUAUAACUGCUAGCUGUGAUCGUACGGAAAGUAUAUAAGGUAGUCUAUGUUUGAAGUAGACCAUUCCAGAUAUUCAUAAUUUAAGGCGAGGUGACAGAGUCUUUUAAUUUUUGUAUAUAGUAAAUCUUUUCAGAUGUUCAUAGCUUAAGGUGAAAGCAUAGGUAUUAAAAGCCUAAGGUGCACUAAGGCGCUAAGGAAUCCUAGAUCCUAGGCGCAAGGCUCAGGCGUGCGUCUGAGCAAGGUGAGGCGCAAAAGUAAAAAAUUUAAAAAGUUCAUAAAAAUCAAAUAAAUGUGAUGCUUUUCUUUUUUUUCCUUUGGCAUAUAUCUUGAAUUAGAAUUGUUGGUUUGAGUUGAAGUGGUUGUCCUUUUUGUUAAUGAAAGUGCUCGCUAAAGAUAGAAAUAAAGAAAGUAUGCCUUUCUAGAACCUUGUGCCUGGAACAAAGGCGCACAUCUAGGCACAUAAGGCGUUAGGAUUCGAGCCUGGUGAGCCUUGAGCCUGAGGCGUGCUUGAGGCGCGCCUUUAAUAACUAUGGGUGAAAGGUUGAAUGUUGGGGUUCACAUUGAUAGGAGUGGAUGCUAAUUUGAAAAGCCCUCUUCCCAUUCAGAGGGCCUUUUGCUUUGAUAUUCUAAUUUUGUCUAAUGUGUUGGUUGUCAUAUUUUUGUUAAUACAUCGUUACCACUAUUGAGCACAUCAACAUUGGGAGUUUUACUAUAAAUGAUGGUUCUUAAUGGCGUUUUAUGUGGUUGCAGGACUUGAAGUGCUUUGUCUUCUCUCUCAUCUCACUACAUUUCAAGAUUAAGCCUAUUUAAGGGCUCUUAUGCUGUCCAUUCGAUUUGUAUCCAGGGAUUAUUUUUGUGUUUGAUUUUUGCUUGUAUGAUUUGUUAUUUCAAUAACUUGAUGGUUUUACUGCCUUUCGAGAACUGUUUGAGGCUGUGUAAGGAUGUAUGGGCAUGUGGUUACCCGAUUGAGAAUAUUUCGAAGAACUGUUGGGAACGUGGAAAUAGCAAAAUUAAUCAACGUAUUAGAAGGUC